CAGUGCGAUACGGUCGAUAGAAGCAAGCCACGUAGUGGUUGCAUUGAAUUGCGGUAACGACGCUACCGCAUGGCAUAUGAGGGUCACCCCUUAGCACUACGGAUCGCUUUACGCGCUUCUCCCCUCGACAUCGGAACGAGCCUGUUCAUACUUCAUUCUGUCCGUGGAUGCUGAAGAAGUUACAACCACGUGAACGGAACGUUACAAUUAAUUUCGGAAUGUUUAUCGUGGAGUGUUUAAUAUUACAGUAAAACCUUACUGUAAUAUGUGAUGCAAAGAAUAAUUUUUAUACUAUGAAAAAAUUAUGUGUUCACGAUAUAUGUGAUUUAUACACAAUUAUAUUAAUCGUUUUACACGAAGAACGUGUAUUGUAAGUAAUUGCUGACGGAAAGUUUUUGCGGAAACAUUUAAUAAUUUUACUUUUGCAAUUCCAUUGAAUCUUGUUCAUUGUCGACCUUGAAGAUAUAAUAGCCGGAAAUUUUACGUAUUUAUAUGAGAUUCUAAGACUCAUUACUUGCAAACUUGGAAAACAAAGGUGUUUUCAGGGUGUAAAGAAUCUUUAACGAGACCGCAGACAACUGUCGAAGAAAUCGGAACCGACCGAUUCAUCAUAGUCACAUGCAUCCUUUUAUCUGCAAGUUAAACAAUUGAGACAUACAGUAGAAAAGAUUUUGUAUAGAUCAGUCGUUUCAGAAUUGGAACCACGAAGUGGAACCGUAAUACAACCGCGAUAUAAACCUAAGGCAAAAAGAAGGUGAAAGAGCCAUUGAAAAAAUACGAGAAAGAAGUAUAAUACAAAUAAACACGCUUGAACGAACAUCAGCCAGCUAUAACGUCUCAUACAAAUAGAAGCGUUACAAUUACCGUGACAUUGGCUACUGCUGUGAAAAUUGUUUACGUAUAUCAAGCAUCGAUAUUAGGACACUUUAUGAAUUCACGUCACGAUUCUUUGAAUCGUGACACGAGGAAUCGCUGACCUUAGAAAGAGACACGUUCCUCUCUUAUUUUUAGUUCCGAAUCAUUGAAUGAUAAAUUGUGAUUUGCAUCAAGAUUCACACCCCGAAUGUAUCUGCUGAGUCAAGAUAAUGCCGUCUAUGUCAAAAUUUCUAGAUUUCUUUUCCACGAGAUAUCGUGAAGAUAACUUCGAGUCAACUUGAAGAGAUUACGUGCAUGGACUACAAAGUGCAACUUAAAGGGUGCAAACUCGAAGACGUGAAUGUAGAGACAUUUGCAAAGUAUCGAUCGACCUGUAUCUUGAAGAGGAUGCUCCCUUCGAUCUUGUAGGGAGCGGAAUUCUCGUUGUAGUCACGUGGAAAGCAACGAUAGACGCAGCGAAAAGAGAAACGAGGAGAGAAACAUUUUCCAACGGGCGACAUUACGUUGCCGUCAUGGAAAAUCGAUUCGCCGCCACCGACCACCCCGCCACAACCACCCGCCGCAGUGCAAUGACCUCCAAACCGGGAAGAUCCUAUAGCGUGAGGUCUCCGCGAAUCGGAGGUCCUCUUUCGCAAUCGCUGGCUAUGAUCCCUCCAACCAUGCAUGGGCAUGAGUUCAAUCAACCCUUGUCGAGGGUGGUCAUGGUCCGUAAAACGGAUCAAAGGACAUUCAGUAAAGGAAGACGAGGUGGUGAACCGCUUCUGGAAACUGUUACCAGGGAAACUGUCGAACUCUUUAAUGGCGGUCGAGCCGAAAGGAAGUAUACCUCCGAAACAAGGGAUAUCGUUACACCAAAGUCUAGCAGCAUCUUGGAGAGUUACAAUCAGUCUUCUUCCUCUGGGCGCGACGUAACAAAGGAAACUAACAACCUUUCUUUUGCGGCGACCAUGGCCGUGGACGCGUUGCAGAAACUCGUAGGAAGAAGGAAGUCGAGGACAGAUUCAGUAAGAUCGAAGUCUCCGUUGACGGCAUCGCCAGCAUCACCGGGUCCUUUGUCGAAUUCCUUGCACGGUAGUUUCCAUGGUAGUCUAGGAAGCGAUGGCAUGUCUUGUAGCAGCGCUAGGUCCUCUUCGGCAUCUCCCGAUUCUGCGAGAUAUUCGUCCUCACAGAUAACAAAGAUUGACACACGUAAACCGUCUGUACGCAGAUCGGGACCUCCGAAGGAAUUUAUUAACGUCUGUCUCGACACGCAUAAUUUCUACCGAUCGCGACAUGGAGUACCGCCGUUACGACUCAGCAAGCAGCUGUGCAAAACAAGUCAAGACUGGGCUAAUAUAUUGGCCGCUAAAGGUAGAUUAGAACACAGGGCGAAUAUUGACUAUGGAGAGAAUCUCUAUUGUAUGUGGAGCUCCAAUCCAAAGACAGUCAUCGGUGGCGAAGAGCCGGUGAAUGAAUGGUAUGCUGAAGAAGCUCAACAUCAAUAUGGAAAGGAGCCUACAACGUUGAAGACUGGUCACUUCACACAAGUGAUCUGGAGGGACAGUACUGAGUUAGGGGUGGGAAUGGCUAGAAAUCGAAAUGGCGAAGUCUAUGUUGUGUGUAAUUACAAUCCCGCUGGAAAUUUCUUAGGCAGUUUCACGGAGAAUGUUCUUCCACCCGUGGAUGCAAGUCCUACGAAACGGAUUAAUUUUACUGAUCUAAAACAACAUUAUAUAGACGAGCAAACGUGGCAGCAGGAGGCCUUACUGGUUCAUAAUGAGUAUCGAAGAAAGCAUCGCGUACCGGAUUUAAGAUUAAGUCCGGAAUUAACAGCAGCUGCCAAGGCCUGGGCAAAUACGUUGCUAAACACAAAUAAACUCGUACCUCAAUCGUCGUCUCCGUAUGGCGAAAAUAUUUAUUCAAUGCAGUGUUCUGAUCCUAAACUGAUCGUUUCCGCACGUGAAGUCAUUUCAAAGUGGUAUUCCGAGAGGAAAGAACAUAAAUUUAGUAUCGAGCCAAAAGUUCUUAACACAUGCCAUUUUACGCAAAUUGUCUGGAAAAACACAACCGAAAUGGGUAUUGCAAUGGCCAAACGAGAUGGUUCAUGUGUUGUAGUGGCAUGUUACCAUCCGAGAGGUAACAUAGUAGGACAGUUUACUGAAAAUGUACUGAAGCCUAUAAAAAGUGUCUAUUAGCUGGACUCAUUUCUGUCGAUAAUGUAUUUAAAUCUUGUAUUUAUAAUGUAUUAAGCAGAUGAACGAUGUUACGCAUAAUAUAUAUGUAAUGUAUAUAGGACACUUGUGCAUAAACACGUAUAAUAAACAUUCCACA